GUUGGUGCAUCUACUUUUUAUGAAUAUCUCUAAAGCUUUCUUCAGUGUUUAUAUUUGCCUGUAGAAUAAGUCUUCAUAAAUAACUGGAAUCUUGUCACAACCUAAAUUUUAAAAUAGAAGACCACAACCUAAAUUGAAAUGGCAAGGUGCAAAAGUAAAACUAAAUCUAGAUCUGGUUUAUCUAAACCAGAACUGAGGUAGCUAGCACUUUAGUACAUUCUGGAUUAAAUGCACUAUCAUCAUUAGCAGCUGAGAGAUGUUCGGAUCCCCACUAACCAACUUCCCUUAACAGUGAGUGAAUUUACACGAAACACUCAACCUCUCCGUGCCUCUGUUGUCUUCAUCUUUGUAAGGAAUCUAGUAGUGUCUACUUCAUGAAUUUGUGAGGAAGAAAGAAGUUACAGCAUGCAUGCGUUCACAGCAGUGAUUCAUCCAUUGCCAAGAACAUUCAUGCAGUGGUUGUACAUUCAACCCUUGGAUGCAUUGACGUGACUGGGAAAUGUUAAGUAAGUGAUUCAAAGUAGGAACUAUUGAUGAUGGGAGAAUAUUGGAUUUCAGCUGACAGGAUACAUGUGAUCCACGCCUCCCACUCAGGAUCCUCUAGCUCAGAAGACAACUCUAAACAUUGAGACCUGACAAGAUGGAUGCCAGUGAUUUGGCAAUAAGGUCAAGCUUCUUAUUAGUGACUAUAAUCGGACUCUUUGGGAAUUUUUCUCUUCUUUACCAUUAUGUCUUCCUUUUUUGCACUGGCUAUAAGUUGAGGACUGUAGAUUUGAUUGUCAACAACCUCCUUGUAGGCAACAUCUUGGUUCUUUUCUCUAGUGGAUUCCACUAUACAGUGACAAAUUUUGCGUGGCAUGUCAACAGUGAAUUUCAAUGCAAAUUUUCCCCUUAUGUCCGUGUAGUAGGCAGGGGAGUGUCCAUUGGCACCACCUGCCUGUUGAGUGUCUUCCAGGUCAUCACGAUCAGUCCCAGGAACUCUAGGUGCAUAGAGCUUAAAGUGAAGGCUCCCAAGUUGGUCGUUGCUUCAAUUAUUCUGUGCUGGAUCAUGAACAUGUUGAUCAAUGUCAUUUAUCCUGUGUAUAUGACUGGAAACUUGAACACAAGCAUCACAAACAGAAAAAAUUUUGGAUACUGUUCUGCUGUUUGUCAUGACCAAACCAUAGACUCAUUAUUUAUAGCAUUGAUAUCCUUCCCUGAUAUCUUAAGUUUUGUCCUCAUGGUGAUAGCCAGUGGCUGCACAGUUUUCAUCCUGUACAGGCACAAGAAGAGGGUCCAAAACAUCCAUAGGAUCAAUGUCUCCUCCACAUCCUCCCCUGAGACCAGAGCCACCAAAACCAUCCUUCUCCUGGUGAGCACCUUUAUCUUCUUUAACAUCUUUUCCCUCAUUAGUAAUAUUCUUUUCAUUUUUUUUAACAGUCUUAAUUUGUUCUUUUUAAAAACUUCUGAAAUAAUCGUUGCAUGUUUCCCAGCUAUCAGCCCGUUUCUGCUCAUCAUUUGUGACUCCAGGAUAUCCAGGCUCUGCUUUGUCCAGAUAAGGUGUACCAGAAUCCCCUAACUUUAUGAGAAAGAUAUAAAUUGUACAAACAUGCACUAUACAUGUUUGGUAAUUGAUUCAGUUCACUGAGUCGUAAGUAGAAUUAUGAGUGGCUUACUACACAAUGGUAAACAGAAUACACAGAGAUUCUUCAAAGUAAGGCAAGUUAUAAUAGUAAUUAUAAUGAAAUUUUAUAUAAGUUACCAUAUUUCUCAUGUAAUACUAAUGUAAUGGCCUUUUUUACUAGUGCUUGCAGUGAAGGAAUUUAGAAUUUAUGCAAUAAUCAACAUAAUCAACACACGGUCCUGAAACAAUCUGGAUGUUAUGGAGACAUGAGUAUGUAACUGAAUUCUGUCACAGUAAAUUUCCCAGAAAUGAGUAGGCAUGGAAUGUUAAGAAAAGGUGUGUUAAAAUGGAACAGCCUAUGUCAGAUCAUUGUGGAACUUAAGACCAUGGUGCUGAAGGAAAAAUCCAGUCAUCAGGAAAGCUUUUGGGAGUCAGUGUUGAGCCUGGUAACGAUCUAUCCUUAGAGAGGCUCCAGUGAUGUUUCUUUUGGGAUGUUAUGUUGUGUGGGAGAUGAGCAUGUUUAAACAUUUUCAGGUAGAAAUGAAGAAACUGAACUGAAUUCGGCAAAGAAGAGCAUAAAAUUACAUUUUUAGCAUAUUUUUCAAAAAUAUCCAGUGAUUAUGACAAUUGCAAAAGUUGUGAAUGGCAUGGAAUGGCAUCUGCAGAAGGCAGAUUUUUCUCUCUUUUGUGAAGAUGACUUGGGCAUAUUGUUACAAAACUGGUUUUGAGGUGCACGGUCAUGUCUCCAGUUCAUUGAAAUUCUUUUGUGAUGGAGCGUCCAUUAAACUUGGAGCACUGCAGAAAGAGCCACAUGGAAAGGAAACAUGAAUCCAUUCUUAAGAUCCCGGGGCAGUGUGGCUUCUUGAUUUUCAAGGAGCAGAGUGAACAUUGCCUCAAAUCUAGGAGAGAAUUUUAUAUGGUUUUUCUCUAUGUUUACAUCCCGAAGCCAAAGCAAAGGAUUGUGAAAUCAAUAGCUGAAAGAGAAAACUUUAUUUUGACCCAAAGGAUAUUUAGAUUGAAGUUUGUAAACCAAAGAGAAACCAAUAUUGUUUACUCACGUGAGGUACUUAAAUAUUUACCACUAAUGAGGUCACAAAGCAAGAAAAAGAAGUUAUAGACACACAUACCUGCAAAUAUGUAUGUAUGUCUCUUGGUGAUCUUGUGUAUAUAUGUAUAUAUAUUCACAUAUACAUAAAAAAUCAGUCAUGUUUA